AUGCAGAACCUUAUGGAGGAAGCCAACAGGACUGUCCUCUCAGGGAAGAAUGACUCAACCGCAGUCAUAAGAACCAGUCAUUCCCCGGUGGACAUAAGUCCCUUGAACCUAGCUGUUGCCAUCUUUGUCUUGGUGUCCUUCCUGGUGGGGACAUUGAUCAACGGGCUCUUCCUGUGGGUGCUGGGGAUGAAGAUGAAGAGAACAGUGAACACCCUGUGGUUCUUCCACCUGAUUCUCACGUAUGUCACCUCUUCUUCCUACAUGCCCUUCCUCGCUGUCUACAUCCUCCUCGGCUACCGUUGGGUCUUUGGCAUAACGAUGUGCAAAGCCAUCAACUUCUUCGGUUCGCUGGGGUUGUUCACCACUGUCUUGCUCCUCACCAUCAUCAGCUUGGACCGUUACCUCCUCAUCCGCCACCCUGUCUGGUCACAGUGUAACCGCACCGUUUCCCGGGCACGGAGGGUGAUCGUAGGAGUGUGGCUUGCUUCCCUCACCCUGAGCGCUCCCUACCUAGCAUUCCGGGAGACUCGAGUAGUAGAGAACGGCAGGAUGGUUUGUGUCAACAAUUAUGCUCUCUCCAGUGACUGGGAUGAUCCUAGAAUGGAAGCCCUGAGGGAUCGCAUCCACUUAACUAUCUUUUUGGUCCGGUUCCUGCUGGCCUUCUUGAUCCCCUUCUGCGCCAUCAUGGGCUUCUACUGUGGGAUGGGCUGGGAAAUGAAGAGGAAAAAGUUGGCGAGGAAUAGGAAGCCUAUCAGAGUCCUGGCAGCUGCCGUGGCCUCCUUCUUCGUCUGCUGGCUUCCCUACCAUCUCUACCACGCUUCGCUGCUGUUUCAGGAAGCCCCCAGCAGUUUGCGACUCUCUCUGCGUGUAGUUUUUAUCAUCAUCAUGUGUUUCAAUUUCUGGGUCACCCCCGUUCUCUACCUCUUUGUCGGGGAGACGUUCCAGCAAGUCUGCAAGACGUCCGUUCUUGCUUUACUGAAGAAAGCUUUUGUGGACGUUUCCGUCGUACCUGAGGACGAUACCAGCGCUAAUGACGAAGGGCACCCAAACAUCAACCAAAGCAACUUGUAG